AAACAUGAUAGGUUAUGUAAGGUUAUAUUUUGAAAAAUGAGCAGUAAUUUUAUCGUUUUUUUUAAUUUUAUUAAUGUACAUGAUUCUAGAUUGUGAUAGUAAAAUUAGUGAAUAGAGAUAAUAUGCUUAUUUAUUCAUAAUUCUAAUUAUUGCCUCAUUAAACAGUGAAAACCUGAACAAAAAGUACUUUGACUUCAUAUCAAAAUGACUGAGAAAUUUACUUAUUACUUGGAAUUAUCCAAGAACCCUGUUCGAUUUGAACCUGUUAACCAAUUAACAAAUGUCUUCUUUGACGACUCUAAUAAACAAGUUUUUGCUGUAAGAUCUGGAGGUGUCAUGGGAGUGGUGGUUAAAGGACCAUCAGAAGAAAGUAAAUCUUUGAAUUUUAGAAUGGAUGAUGGAGGUCCAGUAAUAUCAAUUAAAAUAUCGCUAGAUCAAAAAGUUCUUGCUGUUCAGAGAUCAACAAAUUCUGUAGAGUUUAUGAAUUUCAAAGGCUCUAAUUUGGACAAUAAAUAUUCACAAAGUUGCAAGAAAAACGCAACGCUAUUAGGCUUUGUUUGGUCUUAUAUUAAUGAAGUAGCUUUAGUAACAGACCAUGGUGUUGAAUUAUAUUCUGUUAUACCUGAGAAAGGAACAUUAAAACAUUUGAAAAGUAUAUCUGUUACAGUACAAUGGUUUGUGUGGUGUCCCACAAACAAAAUUGCUCUGCUAGCUUCUAGUCAUGGUUCCCAAUUGCUACCUGUGAUUUUUAAACCUGGUUCAGUUUCUAAAAUGCCCAAAGUAGAAGGUGAUCCAGGUCGUAUGAUUUUAGAAAGAGAUAUAACUUUGGGUACAUUAUAUGGAACUGCUGCAGUACUUAUAUUAAGACAUCAAAAUGCACCUCAGGCUUCUGAGGUCCAUAUUCAUUUACUUAACGGUUCGAGUUCGGCACCUAUUAAGAGGCAUGUACUUCGUUUAGGACUUUCUGGCAGAUUCGCAAUUAAUAUUGUAGAUGAUUUAAUUCUUGUUCACCAUCAGGCUUCAAGGAGCUCACAAGUGUUUGAUAUUAAUUUGCAAGGGGAAAAUGAUGGUACAGUAACUUACCAUAAAGCUGUAGCCCCAGCGAAGUCUAUUCAACCCACCUGUUUGGAAAUACCGGGUCUUUUGGAGCCUCAAAAGCACGCCUGCGAGCUAUAUUCGGCUGAUUGGGUUGUUUUUCAACCAAAUAUAGUAAUUGAUGCCAAAUUGGGAUGCUUAUGGUGUAUACACUUAAUUCUACCUGAAUUAUGUAGGCAAAUACCGGACUUAUCCGUUUGCACGCAAUUAGUAUUGAACAGAAUGAACGGGAAAGAAGUUUUAUUAAAGUUGCUCCUAGACAGGAUAGAACUUCCAGAGCCUCCCCUUCAACAGCUUCAAAGCUCCUUCGACUGUAUAAAUAUACUGUACAGAAAAUGGAUAGAAAGUGAACUGCAGAUUCAGACCGCGUCUCCAGCUGGUGCUCAACUUCCUAGUAAAAUUGUUUUUCAACCGAGAGUCCUCAUAACCCAAGCAGACAUGUACAGUCGUGUUUUCCAAAAAUUGGAUUUGGCUAAUAAAUUACAAAAAUUGGAAUGGGUUCUAAUAAGUUAUAUCACAUCUCUGACUCAAAACGAUAUUCCUACAGAACUUAGUCUUAACGAAAUGCUCGUAAACACGCUGGUGAAACAAGAAAAAAAUUCAGCAUUGGUCCAGUUCCUCCAGUACGGGGUUGUUUCUGAUUCAAAGCCACUUGCGUGCCGUUUAUUGUCCUUGGGUUUUAUUGAGCUUGCCCUAGACAUGUUUGCACGAUUAGGAGCAACUGAAGAAAUAAUAGAAAUUCUCUUGGACCAAGAACAAGUUCUUCCGGCUUUACAAUUAGCAGGGGAUAAAGAGACUCCGCGGAAAUUUUUACAGGUGGCACAAAAUACCGGAAAUGCAACUUUAUUUCAUAGCACUGUAUUAGCCCUCAGGUCCAAUCCACAUUUUAAAGAAAGUUUUCUUAAAGAUGAGCGCCUUCGGGUAUAUUUAAACCAUUAUGCGUCUCUCUUUCCAAACAGCGUUAAUACGAGCAAGUGAAAUUACUGUUUCUACUGUACAUAAUUUAUUGUAAUAUCACAAUCAAUUGAAUAAGUUACACAUUUAUACAUAUAUGUAUAUA